CGUGCACACUCGCAGGUAAAAGCAGUGCGAGUCAAGAAUUCCGCUGGCACAGAGCAAAGGAAUAGCUGCGGCGCUUUGAUAUAAAUUUUUAUUUUCUCAGCGACACGCGUAAUUGGAAGAGCAAAUAUUUCGCCAGGUGGGCGGCGCCAGCGGCUUGUGGCGCUCCGGAGAUAUUGUUUACCCUCUUGGAGUUUUGGUUGAGGGGCUGGCCGGCCGGUGCCGAAGAGGAGGGAGCGCGAUGAGGGCGCUUGGGGCCGCAGUGGCCAGGGCGUCGUCGGCCCGAGAUGGAAGGUCGAGAGCAGAUGCUCUAUAACCACGUGGCCGACCUGAAGCCGAGGGGCGCCCUGCGGAUGGCCGCGCGCCGGCCCUCGUCCGGCGAGCGGCGCUGCCUCAGGGCGGCCGCCUCUUUGCUGCUCGGUGCCUUCGCCGGCUACCUCGUCGCGGCCCUCAUCGCCUCCACCUCGCAGGAUCAAUUUUUGUGUCCGGCGAACGGCCCGGACGGUCUUCGGAUGGACAACUCUACCCUGCAACCGGAAGAACUCAUUUUGGCCGACUUGAAGGGCUUGCACAACUCGAGCCAAAGCCUGUUGUUCGUUGGCGUGAUGACAGCCCAGAAGUACUUGGACACGCGCGCCAAGGCCGUCUACGAAACGUGGGGCCGCGAACUGCCCGGCCGAAUGGCCUUCUUCUCUUCUGGCACCUCCGAGACGAACCAGAGUAUUCCGUUGGUGGCUCUGCAGGGCGUGGACGACAGCUACCCCCCGCAAAAAAAGUCAUUCCUCAUGCUCAAGUACAUGUACGAGCACUUCGGGGACCACUUUGAGUGGUUCCUGCGCGCCGACGACGACGUCUACGUCCGCCCUGAGAAACUGGAGGCCUUCCUCAGGUCGAUCGACAGCCGCAAGCCGCAGUUCAUAGGCCAGGCGGGUCGCGGCUCGCAAGAGGAGUUCGGCCUUUUGAGUCUUGAGUUCGACGAGAACUUCUGCAUGGGUGGCCCUGGAGUGAUAAUGAGCAGGGCCACCCUGGCCAAGGUGGCGCCGCAUGUGUCCUACUGCCUGAGGAAUUUGUACACCACCCACGAAGACGUUGAGCUGGGCAGGUGCGUCCAGAAAUUUGCGGGCAUCCCUUGCACUUGGUCUUACGAGAUGCAAACAAUCCUGUACCACAACUCCAGCGGCAACCAGGCAUUCACUGGCCGACUGAAGUACAAGGAGGUGCACCGGGCCAUAACUUUGCACCCUGUCAAGCAGCACAAACAUCUUUACAGAGUACACAACUACAUGAGGUCAAUGAAAAUAAGCGACCUGCAGCAACAAUCUCUGAAUCUUCGACGUGACAUUGGCCACAUGUCUGCGCUUCUAGGCGACCCACCACCGGCUCAGAGCCAGAAAUACAGCCCAGAGACCAUAAUGGGCCUGGCUCCGAGUUUGCUGAAGUUCCAGCCUAAAAGCGUGACUGACGUCAUUCCUUGGGAGUUUUUCACGAACGCUCUAUAUUCCGACAAAAACGCUAACCCCAGACGCAGGAUGGAACUGCCUCUACGAGAAGGGUUGGAUGAUGUAGUCAGAGAGGUCAUGGAAAUGACCAAUGCCUUUUCGAGGCAGCGUGGUCGGAUUCUCGACUUCAAAGAGGUGCUCUACGGUUACCACCAUGUUAAUCCGAUCGCUGGACAAGAGCUCGUGCUGGACAUGCAGCUCGUGUACAGAAAGUACAGAGGCAGGAAAAUGACCAUCCCUGUCAGGAGGCACACAUAUCUUCAAAGAGCCUUCAGUGGUCUCAGCAUUAGGGAAACGGUCGACGGACAAGACCCACCAAAAACGCAGGAAAUUGAACAAAGUAAAGAAAACCUACAGGCUAUAGCUGGGGGUGUUUUGGGACCAGCAUAUGCCCUAGUCCAACAGCCAGAACAGCGCGUCAUCCCAAACCCAGCCAAAGACAAGCUGAUUACUUUCCUAGUGCCACUUUCGGGACGACUCAAGACUUUCCACAGAUUUCUUUCCUUGUAUGAAGAGAUUUGCAUUCAGGGCAGACAGGCAACCGCCCUUGUGCUUGUGCUCUUUCCCAGUGAUGAAGUGACAGAGACUGUUGCCCUGGUCAGGUCCAUCCAGAAGAGACACCCAAGUGCAGCUAUUUCCAUUUUGCCUGUUUUUGUGCCAUUUGCCAGAGGAAUGGCACUUCAACUCGGAGCAGCUCAUGUCCAGGCUCACAAUGAGGACACCAUACUUUUCUUUGUAGAUGUAGACAUUGUUUUCACUGCAGCCUCCCUUCAGAGGAUACGUCUGAACACCAUUAAAGGCAAGAGCGCCUACUUCCCAAUUGUGUUCAGUGAAUUUGACCCUCACGUCGUGUACGGAAACAACUCUGACAGUCAAUCACGGAACCACUUUCUCAUCAACGACAACACAGGCUACUGGCGGAAUUACGGAUUUGGAAUUGCCAGUGCCUACCCUGCUGAUUUAAACGUGGUUGGUGGCUUCAACACUGCCAUUAAGGGCUGGGGAAAGGAGGAUGUCGACCUUUUUGACAAGUUUGUCAAGAGCAAGAUUUCGGUAUUUAGGGCAGCUGACCCAGGCAUGGUGCAUGUCUUCCAUAUAGUCGAGUGUGACACAAGUCUUGACCCACAGCAGUUUGCAAUGUGCCAGGGCACCAGAGCCAACACUUAUGGAGGAAGUAUGCAACUUUCGAGGAUUUUGGACAAGUACCCCGAGAUUUUGCAAAUCGCCAACAAGAACAGAGUUGCAGCUGUUGCAUCGUAAGACUUUUCAAUCUCGUUCCAACCACCAAAAUGUAAUACUUGAAUCGCGGACAAUUUUCCAAUUGAAAACCAAGGCAAGACCAAACUCCAUGAGUACUUAUCAUAUUUGCGAUUUUUGCUGAGAAUAGAAAAUAUUCCAAAAAUUGUGCCUUGCCAUUUAUAAAUUUACAAAAACGGAACAUGUUCUUUUCAAUACAUAAAGAAUUAAGACUGACGAGUGCAUUUUACGUACGAGAGAGAGGAUGAUUUUAAUUUAUUUUCGUCAAAAUUGCGGAUCUUUCUUAUUAAUUAUCUUCGUGGCUGUGACCAAAGAUGAAAGGUGAAAAUGUGUUUGAUCCGAGAGAGGUUUAGAAUAUGCAUUGAUUUAUAAUAAACAGUGAUCGAAUUAUUUACCAUGUUGCCUUGCCAUAGCGCUGCAGCAGGUGCGUUAAAAAAAUUAUAUCGUUUGCAAUAAACAUUAUCAAUGAAAGUAAUGAUGAUAUUGAAAUAUUCUAAUCUGCUGUGCCUUCCUACGAUAAAUAAUAAGUAAUAAAAUGUUAUGAAUUCCUAUGAAUUAGAUAAGUUGUUUCAUUU